AUAAAAAUCCAUAAAUCCAGGAGAAAGAGCGGUGGGGCACGACUCCUUCCAUGUACCUCGGGGUUUCGCUCACUCCCGUUCACUCCUCAGCCACGGCUGCAGUGUAGGGUUGCGCAAUGUCCCCCGUUACGCUCGACAGAUCACAGUUGGGAAUAUGCAGCUUACACUUGUUCAUCUGGCCACAGCAGUCGAACACGGCGCCCCAGCACGCCCCUCGACGCAACGCCCACGCGCCGUCAGCCUUCCCGCCGGGGCGCGCGCCUUGCACGCCACGCAACUAUGCGCAUGGGCCACAACUGGUACUUACGGGGACAGGAUAGCACGCAUGCUCGUGCACACCACCUUGUAACCAACAACAACAACAAAAAAGCAUGCCGCUUGCAAUUAUACCGGUACCCACAGUAGACCCAAUGCCACUUUAAGGUCCAGGACAAGGCUCGGAUAUAGACACGGCAUGACGGCAGUUCAGCGGGUUUCGCCUGACGUCCGUCCCUCAUGGAUGCUGUAUUAUUGCAGGGUCGCGACGCCAACUCAGCGACGAACAUGCGGCACGCGCUGAUGAGAUGCUGCUUGGUAAAGCGCGGUCUGCGGGUAGCGGCGGGGAUGGUGGCGGCGGCGGUGCAGGGCCUGGAGGCGGCGACGGCGGCGGCGCUGGGCCGCUGGCCCUGGCGACUGCGGCGAUGGCGUAGGGCCUGGCAGCUGCGGCGGUGGCGCAGCAGCCUCAGCGGCGCAGGACCUGGCUGUGCGUGGCGCAUGACCUGGCGGCAGCAGUGGCAGCGUGCAUGUGCGUAGCGGAGGGGGCAGGCAAGGUCACGUGGAGGAGGAGAGCGCGGCGCCACCCGAGAAGCGGCGCCGGCGCGCAGGUUAAGACCUGCCAAUGUCUGGUUUGCGGUCUUUGCUGGCGAGCAUAGCGUGGCAUAUUGGUGUGUGGUGAAAGGCCGCAGCAGUGAGGAGUGUUGUGGCUAGCGGAUUUCCUGCUGUUUGGUUUAUUGGUGGUUGUGCUUGUGCUUGACAGCGGGAUGCAUGGCGGGCCGUGCCACUACAAACGGACCCCGGCUAUGUCUGUUGCGCCCAGCCAGCGUUGCCGGAACCAUUCUCCCCCAACCGCCCCUCUUCCCCCGCAGACCGGUGGACACCAGAUGUCCGAGGCCGCACACUGAUGGAGGCUAGAUGCUGGUGGAGGGACAUGGCUGGGAAGUGCAGCGCGCUGACACGGCGGUGCGGUAGCUAAUGGGACAUGGCGUCCUUGAUUUGACAAUGAAUGGCUCACGGUCACAAUGGGGAUCACAUGCACGGCACUUCAUGGACGCAUUACGUGGCUCUAUUGGCGAUGACCGCACUGUGUCGAUGUAGCGCGCAUUUUACGGUGUAGAUUAUGCCGCGCCCCUUGUUAGAAGCGGGUAGAGUCACUCUCCAGUUGGAUGACAUCCAGCUGGUACAUGCCACGCAAGCUUUUGAAAGUGCCCGGGCGAAUCGAUAGCCUGCGUUCUAUUGCGUUUAUACUGCAGCGUACUUGCUAGUACGUGUGAGCUUUUCAAGCUUGGGAGGUGCGGGCGCGGGCGCAGCCGACUGUGCGCGCCAAACGGUCGCUCUUACCCGCGCAUGGCCGCGGUUUCAACCUGGCCAAGCGCUAUCACAUCGCUAAUAAUCCUAAUGAAAAUGUUGUUGGAUUUGGAUAAGAAUGCUCCCUUUCCACGCCGGGCCCGACCGCUUUACGACGUGGACGUUGUGCCCAUUGUGGACGUGGACGGG